CUCUUUAUCAAAAUCCGAACACGUCAAACAGGGCAGAGUAAACCUUUUCAAAGAGAAAUUAUAAAUUAACUGUAAACAUUGUUGGUUUGAUAUUUGAAGCUAAAACAAGUUGAAUUCUUGCUGUAGGUAAUAUUUAUCAGUAGCGAUGGACACACAAGGACAAAAAAUUUAUCCAACUAUCGAUUCCCAACAAGGACAUCAGCAAAACAUGUCAUCAGUUCCACCGUCAUACGGUCAAAGUCAUGGGCAGGCAGUUCCACCACCAUACAUUCAAGGUCAAUCAGUUCCAGUAGUGACUCAACAACCAACAACUAUCAUAGUCCAAUCCCAACACUUGGGGCCAAACUCUCAACCUAUGGUUUGUCCAUCAUGUCAAGCGUCUAUUUCAACAUCUGUUAAGUAUGAGCCUGCAACGAAAACUCAUUUGUUUGCUGGUCUUUUCUGUCUUUUGGGUUUAUGGUGUGGAUGUUGUUUGAUUCCAUAUUGUGUUGACUCAUGUCAAAACGCAAAUCAUACUUGUCCCAACUGUGGAUCAUUUUUGGGAACAGGCAAUUAAAGGAAAAGUGGAAAUUUCAGCUAAAUUCUGAUUAAAAUCAAUUGGAAUUAAUUUUCUACACAUUUUUAACUUUCAAAAGAAACUUCAAAGCUUUAAAGAACAAAAACCUUUUAACAUCUGAUAUCUUAUGAACACGUUGAUUAAAUGAUUUUAAAUAAAGUUUGUCUUGUAAACAAGGAAAUUACUAAAA